AUGGCGGACGACGAGCCAUCUUACAUUGACUACGAGGCAUUCCUCGACCCGUCUUUCUCGACGACAGGGUUCGCGAACAGUCUCGUGCUUGCGACGAACAAUCCCUCCGACACGCCGCUCGACCUGUCCACCCCGCUCUCGCGUGUUCUCUUCGACGUGCAGGAGAUCGACACACACAUCGACACUCUCACCACCAAGUCGGCGCUGCCACUGCUCGAAUACACGAAAGACCAUGCGGAAUCGGGAGAGCGGAUACUCGACGAGGUGGAAGCGCAGGUUGCGAGCUUGACGGAGGGAUACAAGACGUUGGAGAAAGAGGUCAUUGAACGCUAUGAAGCUGCGGAGCAGGUGCGCCUUGCAGCGGAGCGGCUCUGCCAGACGGUCAAGAUCGGACGUGCAGUCGCACGCUGUUUGAUGCUUGGCCGUCAGCUCGAGGCACAACUAGCCGAAAUUGGCGGGCCCGGCGCUAUACUGGGGAAGAAAGAAGAUCACAGAGCCAUGGUCAGAUCCUCUAAUACACUCGUUGCGCUGCGACAGGUGUUGCUAGCGUCCAGGCCUGGUGAAGAGGGCGAGGGGCUCGACCGUGUCAACGUUAUCACGACAUUAAAGAGUGACCUACUGGGACCGGCGGAGCGUACGCUGAUCUCUCGCUCACAACAAAUAAUCAGGGAGUUCUCCAUGUCCUCGUUGCUGGCAUCCAAUGGCAGUUCGCAGCAGCCCAGUGCGGCGUCGACCUAUGCACAGACCGAAGACACCAAAUCCCGCACAACCUCGGCUCUCAUGACCCUCUACCUUUUGUCGCCAGCAUUGAGAAAUGCAACGACGGCUACUUUCGAACCGGCCCUCCUGGUCAGCGCUCUGCAGGAGUACCUGCAAACAGCACUCAAGUCGUCUCUCGCGGCCCUUGCACGAGCACUCGCAACUCUACCAACGCUCGAACGGACGCUACUAGAAAUAUCAGCGAGAUGCCAGAACAUUGUUGCGUUGGAGACGCUCCUGGAGUCGGUCAAGCCUCCGCCGCAUCCGCUGGUUAGCAGUCCGGCCGCGGAGAAGACGGGAAGGCCGAGAAGCGUGUCACGGCUUCCUCCACAGAACUUUUUGCAGCCAUUGUUGUACUCGCUGGACACGUCCUCGCUGGCGUCAUACUUCUGGCGAUCUCUUGCGUCGGCGCUGUCACCGCGGGUUCAGGAGAUCCUCAACCGCGGCGGUGUGUCGGCGAGGACGCUGCGCAGCAAUAGGGAUAGGGUCAGGGAUGCAAUUCGGGAAUGCGUAAAUCGCGGCUCUCAGCUGCCGGCGAGCGCGUUGAGCCGGGGCAAGGGGCCGACGACAGGCAACUGGGAGCGCGAGGCCGCGGUUAUGGUCGGUUCUAUAAUUGGGGUUCUGGGAAGGUGA